CUUUGAUCUUAGGUGAGUUCCAGUCAAAGUCAAAGAUUUCUUCACUCAUCCCUCAGUGUUUUGAUGAUAAUAACUGAGGAGGUACCAUAGAAUUCUCUCUGAACUGACAGCUGUAAACCGUGUGAGGGCCCGCUGGGAUGUCAGUGUCCAGCUUAGUGCUCUGUCUUGUGGUUCUGCUCCUCCAACUUUGGGGGGCACACACACUGCCCCCUACACCACCAUGUAUCAACCACUGUUUAUGCCACAAGACUCCACUCCUAAACUGCUCCUCAUCUGGCUUAUCUGAGGCUCCAUCACAGAUCCCAGUAACUGCCACAGCCCUGGACCUAUCCCAUAAUGCUCUACAGUCUCUGGUUCCUCUUGGUUCUGGUCGUUUGAGAGGGCUUCAGCAUCUCUGGGUGGGAGAUAAUGCUCUGGAAACUCUGUCACUGUGUUUGGGGAAAGGUUUGAAGGCAACUAAGACCCUAACAGGAAGGAGAGAGCGCUGUCUGACGUGGGCACCUGAUCUUCAGCUUCUAUCUGCUGAGAGAAACCAGCUAAAACGAAUACCAGGAGGACUCUGCAGUAUAAAGUCAUUGCAGGUGCUUCAGCUCUCCCAUAACAGAAUCUCUGAACUUGGUCCUACUGACUUGUUUGGGUGUACUGACCUGAAAGAGGUUCACCUCCAGCAUAACCUCAUCAACACUGUCCACCCACAGGCCUUUAAGGACCUGCCCAGUUUACAGGUCCUUGACCUGAGCUAUAACCUGCUGACCAUCAUACCUCUGCCAGCUUACUUGUCUCUACGGAACUUGAAUACGUUGGUGGCCAUUUCUGGAAAUAGAUGGAGGUGUGAUUGUAACUUAAAGACAAUAAGGAGAUGGCUAAGCUUCGACAAUGAAGUGGGUAAUCCAGGAUGGAAAGUGGUGUGUUUCUCUCCGCCUCAUAAUGCUGGAAAGGAUCUGCUACAUCUGAAGGAAUCUGAUCUUACCUGUCCACCACCUGUAUAUAGCACACCAGGCCUCGUUAAGGAGGUGACUGUAGAUGAGAGCACAGAAUUAUUGCUUUCCUGUGCAACCCAAGACUUCAUGCAGGCUCAUUGGUGGACACCUCAUGGCCAAGUCUCUGAAAAUCAACAAGUACUUCUUAUCAGCAAUGUCACAGAGCAGCAUGCAGGACUCUAUGUCUGUGUCUCAGGAUUUCAGGAAGAGCAUGUGUCAAUAUUUAAUCUACAUGUUCAUAAAAGAGUUCAUGACACAAGGCUGCGACGAGAAGCCCAGAAUAUUUUGGAUGACCUUACCAAAGAAGCAAACCUGAACAUACAGAGAAAUGUGCGAACUGUGUCUCAGCAAGACUUUGUAUUAGCUGUCUGCCUUUCUGUCUCCAUUACAUUUAUCGUGGCCUUUGUCAUUGGUGUUCUGGUAAGGCCACUUCUGGAUAAAUUAUGCAAGAAAAUUCGAUCAAAGAGAGAUACUGCAUCAUCGUCUAUAAACUCACAGACUUCCUCCACUCGACAAAGGCCAUAUGUGAAUGAAGGAUAUUCUGAUGCAGAUGAAGGUGUGCAAGAAGUGCGAGUGGGAUCAAGAGUGACAUUUGGUGGGGUCACAGAAGUAAAUGACUGUGGGGGAAAUAUUCCUUAUUAUGUCACUGUAGAAGACGCCAAGUCAGACAGCUCUUCUGAGAAUAAUACAGAUGUUGACAUAUCAUAUGAGAAAACACAGGGGAAUGAAUCAUUCACUGAAAAUGUUGAAAACCAUUGUGUUGAGAUGGAAGAUCUAAAGAGCAGAGAAGGCAGCCAUCCCAGCAGCUCACUACAAGUCAGCAAAGAAGUACUUUUGAGAAAAGAGAACACAAAAACAUCAGAACCGAAACCAGCCUGUGGGUACCCAAACGCUGAAUCUACCAAAAUCAUGGAGUUUGAGCCCAUUCCAGACCAAGAGGACACCACAGAGUUAGAAGAGACAAGUAUUUCACCAGUAUCAUCUCAAUCAGAAUUGCCACAAGAACUAGAGUCCUAUGAAGUAAAAGAGUCAUUUGAGCAAAGUGUAGAUCCCCCUGUAGUCACUGUACAUGAAGAUAAAGAAGGCAACACAGGCCAGGAGGCAACAAUACCAGGAUUUACAACUGACCCACUGUUUGAUCUGAAGGAACAGAAUGUGGAUGACCUGGACCCAGAUUUAUGGAAUGAUAGUGGGGACAGUUUUUCAUUCACUGAUGAAUCUCCAAGGUCAAGCAGCAGAGUUACACAACUUGCUGUUCUUGAUUAUCCACUUUUUGAAAAGGAAAUGUCUGUGGAUAAGUCUGAAGAAGAACAAGCAGAAUACACUGUAAACCCAGAGGAAGAUGAAGAAUCAGAAACCUAUCCACACUCAGGAAAUGAAGACCUUAAUGGAAACAAGCUCUCGACUCCGGAGCAAGAUGCUUUAACUGAUGAGCCAAGCACAGGUGCACGUUUCAGACAAGAUACUAUUACGCUGGACCCAUCAGAUGUACAUUUGACCUGUACUCGAGAGGAUAGUUUUGAUGAUUGGCCAUUUACAGACCAGAAUGAGAGCUCAGAUUCUUCAAACAUUGUACAUAUUAAUGAAGAACCUGCACAAUACCAUGUGCAUCCUGUUUAUAGGACGGGUCGAAAAACAACCAACCAUUUGGGAAAAGAUAGAUCAGGUGCCUGUAGCUCCAGUGAAGAUGAAGAGGAACAAGCUGAAAAUGCUUACUACCCUAGGAGGCUUGAGAUAAAAACAGAACCAGAGGUUAAUAGUGAGGGUGUCAUUCCAGUCAAAAACCCAAACAACAUAUUCAGUAUCAACUUUGACAAUUCCUCAAGCAGCACAGAUAUAGAGGAGAAGACCGAUAAGGAGGGAGAGAGAAAGAGCUUUAAACGACUGAGUGGACUGAGUUCACUGCUGUUUAACAGAAAUGGGGCUGAAACAGAUAAGAAGGUUGCUCAAACCCCAUCCAAAACAACAAAUAAAGACAGCUGGAAAAUUGGGGGUAUCUUGGGUUUGUCCUUCAACAAACAGACAGUGGUACCCGAGGACAAUGAUAAUCCAAACACAAAUAAAGAAAGUUUCUUUGGAGCAAUAGAACAAGCCUUUGGCCAGCUACCAAAACUUAAAAGAUCUCUUCUGUUCUCAGUCUCUCAACCUGAAUCUUCAAUUCAACAUAGGAGUGCACCUGUUGUAGAGGCAGGAUAUGACUCAAAGAUAUCCCAACUGAACUUCUCCUUAGAAGAGAGUUUCAUUGGAAAGAUUGAUGUUCCUUUGGAUCCAGUACCAAAAAUAAAGAGAUAUCUCCUGUUCUCACAUCCUGAGCCUUCAGAUCUGAUACCAUCAUUUAUACAGACAGAAAGAGCCACACCAGAGUUAAAGACUGAAACACAAUCUGUGAGAUCUGAAUCUACACUUGAGGAUAAGCUCAGCCCAAAUUCUACUGAAGACAGUUUCUUUGGGCAAAUAGGUGCAUCUCUUGAUGAAGUGCCCAUGGUUAAGAGAUACAUUCAGUUCACUCAAUCUGAACCUCAACCUUCAGCCAAGUCUCCGUCAACGUCUUUAAAGACAGAAAGUUUCAUACCAGUGUUAGGGUCUAAACCACGAUCUGUGAAAUCUGAUUCUUCUUCUGAAGAUGACAUCAGUCCAACCUCUACUAGAGACCAUUUCUUUGGGCAAAUAGGUGCAUCUCUUGAUGAAGUGCCAAAAGUGAACAGAUACAUUCAGUUCACUCAAUCUGAACCUCAACCUUCAGCCAAGUCCCCGUCAACGUCUUUAAAGACAGAAAGUUUCAUACCAGUGUUAGGGACAAAACCACAAUCUGUGAAAUCUGAUUCUUCAUCUGAAGAUGACAUCAGUCCGUCCUCUACUGGAGACAAUUUCUUUGGGCAAAUAGGUGCAUCUCUUGAUGGAGUGCCAAAAAUGAACAGAUACAUUCAGUUCACUCAAUCUGAACCUCAACUUUCAACGCAGUCCCCGCCAACAUCUUCAAAGGCAGAAAGUUUCAUACCAGUGUUAGGAACUAAAACACAGUCUGUGAGAUCUGAAUCUACAUCUGAGGAUAAGCUCAGUCCAACCACUACUGGAGACAAUUUCUUUGGGCAAAUAGGUGCAACCCUUGAUGAACUGCCAAAGGUUGAGAGAUACAUUCAGUUCACUCAAUCUGAACCUCAGCUUUCAACGCAGUCCCCACCAACAUCUUUAAAGGCAGAAAGUUUCAUACCAGUGUUAGGAACUAAAACACAGUCUGUGAGAUCUGAAUCUACAUCUGAGGAUAAGGUCAAUCCAACCUCUACUGAAGACAGUUUCUUUGGGAAAAUAAGUGCAUCUCUUAACGAAGUGCCAAAGGUUAAGAGAUACAUUCAAUUCUCUCAAUCUGAACCUCAACCUUCAGCCAAGUCCCCAUCAACAUCUGUAAAGGCAGAAAGUUUCAUAACAGUGUUAGGGACUAAACCACAAUCUGUGAAAUCGGAUUCUUCAUCUGAAGAUGACAACAGUCCAACCUCUACUGGAGACAGUUUCUUUGAGCAAAUAGGUGCAUCUCUUAAUGAAGUGCCCAAGGUUCAGAGGUACAUUCAGUUCACUCAAUCUGAACCUCAGUCUUCAGUCAAGUCCCCGUCAACAUCCUUAAAGUCAGAAAGUUUCAUACCAGUGUUAGGGACAAAACUACAAUCUGUGAGGUCUGAAUCUACUUCUAAGGAUAAGCUCAGUGCAACCUGUACUGGAGACAAUUUCUUUGGGCAAAUAGGUGCAUCUCUAGAUGAAGUGCCAAAAGUGAACAGAUACAUUCAGUUCACUCAAUCUGAACCUCAAUCUUCAGUCAAGUCCCCAUCAACAUCUUUAAAGGCAGAAAGUGUGUUAGGGACAAAACUACAAUCUGUGAGGUCUGAAUCUACUUCUAAGGAUAAGCUCAGUGCAACCUGUACUGGAGACCAUUUCUUUGGGCAAAUAGGUGCAUCUCUUGAUGAAGUGCCAAAAGUGAACAGAUAUAUUCAGUUCACUCAAUCUGAACCUCAACCUUCAGUCGAGUCCCCAUCAACAUCUUUAAAGGCAGAAAGUUUCAUACCAGUGUUAGGGACAAAACCACAAUCUGUGAGAUCUGAAUCUACAUCUGAGGAUAAGCUCAGUCCAACCACUACUGGAGACAAUUUCUUUGGGCAAAUAGGUGCAACCCUUGAUGAACUGCCAAAGGUUGAGAGAUACAUUCAGUUCACUCAAUCUGAACCUCAGCUUUCAACGCAGUCCCCACCAACAUCUUCAAAGGCAGAAAGUUUCAUACGAGUGUUAGGAACUAAAACACAGUCUGUAAGAUCUGAAUCUACAUCUGAGGAUAAGCUCAGUCCAACCACUACUGGAGACCAUUUCUUUGGGCAAAUAGGUGCAACCCUUGAUGAACUGCCAAAGGUUGAGAGAUACAUUCAGUUCACUCAAUCUGAACCUCAGCUUUCAACGCAGUCCCCACCAACAUCUUUAAAGGCAGAAAGUUUCAUACCAGGGUUAGGAACUAAAACACAGUCUGUGAGAUCUGAAUCUACAUCUGAGGAUAAGGUCAGUCCAACCUCUACUGGAGACAAUUUCUUUGGGCAAAUAGGUGCAUCUCUUGAUGAAGUGCCAAAAGUGAACAGAUACAUUCAGUUCACUCGUUCUGAACCUCAACCUUCAGUCGAGUCCCCAUCAACAUCUUUAAAGGCAGAAAGUGUGUUAGGGACAAAACUACAAUCUGUGAGGUCUGAAUGUACUUCUAUGGAUAAGCUCAGUCCAACCUCUACUGGAGACAAUUUCUUUGGGCAAAUAGGUACAUCUCUUGAUGAAGUUGUAAAGGUUAAAAGAUACAUUCAGUUAACUCAAUCUGAAGCUCAGCCUUCAGUCAAGUCCCCAUCAACAUCUUUAAAGGCAGAAAGUGUCAUACCAGUGUUAGGGACAAAAUCACAAUCUGUGAGGUCUGAAUCUACAGCUGAGGAUAAGCUCAGUCUAAACUCUACUGGAGACAAUUUCUUUGGGCAAAUAGAUGCAUCUCUUGAUGAAGUGCCAAAAGUGAACAGAUAUAUUCAGUUCACUCAAUCUGAACCUCAAUCUUCAGUCAAGUCCCCGUCAACAUCCUUAAAGGCAGAAAGUUUCAUACCAGUGUUAGAGUCUAAACCACACUCUGUGAGAUCUGAAUCUAUAGCUGAGGAUAAGCUCAGUCCAAACUGUAGUGGAGACAAUUUCUUUGGGCAAAUAGGUGCAUCUCUUGAUGAAGUGCCAAAAGUGAACAGAUACAUUCAGUUCACUCAAUCUGAAGCUCAACCUUCAGCUCAGUUCCCAUCAACAUCUUUAAAGGCAGAAAGUUUCAUAUCAGUGUUAGGGACUAAACCACAAUCUGUGAGGUCUGAAUCUACAGCUGAGGAUAAGCUCAGUCUAACCUCUACUGGAGACAAUUUCUUUGGGCAAAUAGAUGCAUCUCUUGAUGAAGUGCCAAAAGUGAACAGAUAUAUUCAGUUCACUCAAUCUGAACCUCAAUCUUCAGUCAAGUCCCCGUCAACAUCCUUAAAGGCAGAAAGUUUCAUACCAGUGUUAGAGUCUAAACCACACUCUGUGAGGUCUGAAUUUUCAUCUAAGGAUAAGCUCAGUCCAACCUCUAAUGGAGACAAUUUCUUUGGGCAAAUAGGUACAUCUUUUGAUGGAGUACCUAAAGUGAAGAGAUACAUUCAGUUCACACAAUCUGAGCCUCAACCUUCAGAUCUGCUACCAUCAUUUAUGAAAACAGAAAGAAUCACGAAAGUACAGUCUGGGAGAUAUAAUUUGCCAUCUGAGAAUGAGCUCAGCUCACCCAGAAAGGAAGGGAAUUUCUUUGGGCAAAUAGGUACAUCACUCAAUGAAGUGCCAAAGGUGAAGAGAUACAUUCAGUUCACACAAACUGAAUCUUCAGCUGAAACACCAACAUCUUCACAUUCAGAAAGGGUCACACCAACAUUUGCAACUAAAAUACAGUCUGUGAGAUCUGAUCCUCCAUCUGAGGUCAGGCUCACUACACCCUCCAAUGGAGACAGUUUCUUUGGGCAAAUUGAUGGAGUACCAAAACUGAAGAGAUACAUUCAGUUCACACAAUCUGAGCCUAUUUCUCAAACUCCUUCAAAUGAACCAAAAAUCCAUGCAGGCAUGGUAAUAAACAUUAAUUCAUCAUCUGAAGAUGGUGUCAAAGCAGAUGCUGACAGCUUCUUUGGGCAAAUUGACACAUCCCUUGAUGGAAUACCAAAAGUAAAAAGAUACCUUCAGUUCACACAACAUUUGACUCAGCCUUCAUCCCAGUUUUUGGACACACAAAUAGCUACACCAGAGCUUUUGACAAAAACAGAAUUACUGCAAACCAGUUCUACACCUGACUAUAUCAAACCAAUUAACAAAGACAGUUUGUUUGGGAACACGGACACUCCUCUUUAUGGAAUUACAAAAGUAAAAAGAUAUAUUCAGUUCACCCAAUGUGAAUCUCAUUCUUCAGACUACACCUCUGAUAAUGAAGCAAAGCCAAGCAGCAACAAAGAUAAUUUCUUUGAAGGAAUAUAUAUAUCUCCUGAUCAUAUACCAGAAGUAAAGAGAUCUCUUCAGUUCACACAAUCUCAUCCAAAACUUGAAAAUCAGUUAUUUUCUCCUUCUUUAAACAAAGAAAGAAUUACUACUGAGUUUGUGACAAAAAGAGAACCAGUUAGUUCCAAUUAUUCAGCUGACAGAGACAUCAGGCCAAACAACCAAGACAGCUUAUUUGAUCAGUUGAAUACGUCUUUUGACGGAGUACCAAAGGUGAACAGAUACAUUCGGUUUUCACAAUCUGAAGAUUGCCUUCCAAAUACUAAAUACCCAAGUACAGAAAAGGCCAGAGAAUCUGAUUCCUUAUCUGAGAAAGAGUUCAGUACCACUACCACAGAAAACAGUUUCUUGCAAAUACAUACAUCUCUUCAUGAAGUUCCAAAGGUAAAGACAUACAUUCACUUCACACAAUCUGAACCCCAAACCCUGUCACCACACCCUCACACUCAAAUUCCGAUAUGCACACCAAAAGAUAGAAGAGUAGAAUCAAUGGAUUCUGAGGUAAAUGUCAGUGUAAAAGAUGAAGAUUUCUUCUGGCAAAUACCCGCGUCUUUCAGUACUCUACAAAGGCCAAAACGCUCUCUCAUUUUUACAACUUCUGAUCCACAGAAUCAAAAUCAGAUACAAGCUCUUUCACUGAUACAUGAUUCAUCAUUUAAUGUGAAAGUAAGCACAGAAAAAAGUAGGUUAGAACAACUUCCAAGGCCUAAAAGGACACUCUAUUUCUCCAAUUCAGAUCCUUACAGGCAAUCUCACCAACCACUUACACAAACAGAAUUAGCAACAUCAGAGUUUGAGACAAUAGAAUCAAGGUUGUCAAGUUUGGGUGCCCCCCUCAGCACUGAAAGCAGUGACUUCUCCCCUCACAACUUACCCAUUCCCACAAGAUCCCUGCAAUUCCCCACCUCAGAAGAACUGUCUGAGCAAGUCACUGACUUAGACCAAGUUCCCAAACUGAGAACGAGUCUAGGGACAGACACUCCACUUCAGGAUGAAAACAAAACACCCACAACCUCCUCAGGAAAGGAUGGCGCCAGAGAGUAUCUUAGAGACAGCUCUCAAGCUCGUCUAAGGCAGGAACGGAGGAGAUUACUGUUUCAGCAGAAAAGGAGAGCCAUGGAUGGGUUCAGUUUGACCUCUCCUUCUUCCACAUCACAAGAACGGGAUAAGCAAGGAGGCCCAUCAGAUCAUUAUGAAGGCACAGUCCGGCCCCACGCAGAUCACUCUCUCCAAGGUGUUCCUACAGUACCUGCAAGCUCUGCAAGCCACAUGGAUGCAAAAGGCUCAGGAUUCAAGGGGUUAAGUGCCAAGCGCAUCUCAUCCCUAAAAUACAAAUCAGCCCUGCAUGAAGGAACUUAUAAAAGUCGUAGUGAUGAUUAAAAGUGGUUUGAUUUUUAAACAUUUAAUAUGUAUGUGUAUAGAUUUUUAAACAUUUCAUGUGCUAUGUACAUUUGUAAAAUUAUAUAAUGUAAUCUGCUAUUAUGCAAUUGUGCAAGCAGUUCACAACAGACCACUAAAAUGUUAUUUUUUUAGCAUACCAAGACUACUCAGAAGAGUUAAGAAAGCAGACUGCUUUCCCUUUACUUAUGAUACUCAAAGUAUACACUUAUACUGAACAGUGAUGUUUUUUUAAUUAUGUAAAUCAAUUUCAAGUAUUUAUUUAAUUCUUUUUCCCAUAAUUUGAAGUUGGUCAGAAGACCUCCUCAUUAAAGAAAACAAUAAGAAGGAAUAAAUGUUACCAAUGAAAUUGACAUAUGUUGAUGCCAGUCAUAAAAUAAAUCCAAAGAUAACUAACAUUGCUGUUAUCUUAACAAUAUCUAGAACUUUGAGGGGAAUAUUAGCGUCUCUCAUAGCAGCACUUACACAGCACAAUGCAUAUGCCAUCAUAAAGACAAUGCAAUCCAAAUGACUAGGGGUGUAAAGAUACAGCAAUUUGAUGCAUUUCAGUUCUCAAUACUAGAUUCACAAUUUAAUGUUCUAAUAUUUUGAUCAAAACUACAUUUACAUUUAAGGCAUUUGUCAGACACUCUUAUCGAAGGUAGUGUUAGGAGUCUUGCCCAAGGACUACUACUGGUAUAGUGUAGGGUGCUUACCCAGGCAAGAAUUGAACCCCAGUCUACAGCAUGGAAGGUAGAGGUGUUACCCACUACACUAUACCACAAACCUAAAAUUUGUUCUAUCCUUGUUCUUGCACAGCUUACUAGUGAACAUACUGGUGUGGGCUAUUGACUAGUGCUGGUGGUUUGCAAAUGCAACAAUUAACAAUCAUUCUGUAUGAUGCACAUUUUUGGAUUGCAAUAUUGGGAUGCAUUAUGACAUCCCUACAAAUUACUGACAAAAUGUAUAACAGAUCAAAAUGGCACGACAACUCGUUAAUAAACCCCUUUAUAUACUGAAUGUAGAUAGGUUACAGUGAAAACAAACACAUUUACACACAUCCAUACAUAUAUACAGUCAGAUGAGAUUGUUCAGCCCCCUGCAUUAGCCAACGUUCCCACCAAAAACAACAGUCAUAAGAAAGAAAUCCACUUGUUCUUUUCAAACCACCAUGCUAUCAAAGCAGACACUUCUUCGUUCAGAGGCACAGACAGCUAUAUGAAAGAACCUACAAAAAGUGUCUAUGGCAAUGUUAGACUGUAUGGUCUCUAACUAGCAUGCACAUCACAGUGAGUUUGUUGC